AUGAGUUCCACCUCUCUUGUGGAAAUCGCGGUCCAGGCGGACCUAGAACCAUCCAUAUUGGCUCUUCCCCGUUCGAUCAACAAGACGAUCAAGCAUCUGCCUCUUUCCAAUUCGGAUUUCCCCCAAAUCCCCACUCUUCAGUUCGAACAGAGUCUUGCUGAAGUUGGCUCGUUUGUGCAUUUCAAGGCCUCAUCGGCCAUUUUCACCACGAUAUCAUACAAAUUGAUUGACAGCGGUCGCAUUUUGGUUCUAAAUCCGCUUCUUGUGAACAAUUCGUUGAGCUUGAGCCUCAAAUCGCUCUCGUUUGUUUUACCACAACAGGCCAAACCAAACUGCAUCACAGUCUUGGACGUGGGCUCUACCGUUUUGGUCGAGAUCCUCACAACGGAAAACAUAUUAAUCUCGCUCAAUUUGCCGUUGACUUCGUUCUUGCAACAGGAGACUUUGUCACUUGCCAAAUUUUAUAGCUGGUGCAACUACAGCGCGCCAUACUCGUUCGAUGUGCGAGCCCCGCUGUUCAUGAGAGCCAUCGAACCAUACACAAUCAUUGUGGCUCUACGCGACGGCGGUCUGCUGAAGAUGUCGAAGGAAAACCCAAGUGAUAACUAUCUGGUUGUUCCAUUCAACGACGCAUCGUAUGUUAACCAGUUUAAACUGCCAUUUUUCAGAUCCAAAAAGGACCAGACGGAAACCAUCACUAUCAACAACGUUCAGGUUUCCACUACGGCCGUUUUGGACUUCGUCGUGAAAGAUAAUUCUCUCAUUACGUUGAGUGUCGACAAAAUAAUCAGAUUUUGGUCUCUCGAGACCGGUGCUAUGGAAAGGCAAAUCGGGGCCAACGAGUACAUCGCUCCAGAGCUGCAAUCUGUGUCUAUUACAACAGGUCCAACACAGUUACUGAACCUCACAGACAAUUAUUUGUGGGUGUUUGUUCCUAUUGGCGAGACCAGCUUGAAACUGUUCAGUAUCGACUCGAGCGAUUCGCCGGUCUUGUUGGUCGACUACAAUCUUCCUGAUAUUGGAAACUGGCUUUUCCACAGUGUGAAGGUCACCAAGGUGGACUCGAAAUACCAGAUCCAUAUUCUUUGGACACUCCACGGUGCUAAAUGGAUGCUUUUGGGAGAACUGAGCGACAAUCUCACCAUCACUUGGUCUCAAAGCAGUCCUGAACCGCAGUACAAUUUGGGUCAGUCAAUUGUGUUUUACGAAGACGCCGAGUCUUUGAAUAGCCACUGUUUGCAGCUGUUGCAAGUGUACAACGAAAGAGUUGUGGAAAAAGUGCUUGAACUAUUUGUGAGCAAACAUAAUCUGCAAACUUCCACCCUGCCAUUGCAACAGAAGUUGCUGCAAGUGAUCACCUACAAUUUGGACGAAACAGAGUAUCUCCAGAACCUCAAGAAGCAAUGGGUCAAGUUUGAUAACGCCUGCAAGGAACUAUCCAAACAGCUGGAGCCUGCUUUAAGUUUUGACUUUGUUGAUGCGUUCUUGGUGAUCUCGAAAAGUAGCGGCUACACUGUUCUCGCUAAAGCUCCACCUGUUUUGUUGCUGAGCUCUAAAGACACUGUUUCAAGCGAAGACUUACAGUUCCCAAAUAUCGACGUGAAGGAGCUGCAACCACUCACCAAGUAUGUGCUUUCAUUUAGCGAGAAGUUCCCGCAGGAGGUGGUUUACAACGUCGAGCGUCGUGUUCUCGAACACAGAAACUCUCCAGAGGCACAAAUGAAGACCAUCUUUGAGGAGAACUUGUCUUCCUUUGUCGACGAGGCAAUGGUGACGGAACUGCUGACUGCAUUGAACGCGUCGCAAAACACAAUGAGUCUUUUUGAGUUCCUCAUCAGUUUGCCAACUCUGGACAAUGUUGGAUAUUCUCCGGUGAAGAAAGUUCCGUUUGGAAACCUGGGUAGCUCGUUGUUGAGCUCAGUGCUAAAGAGCGACCUGGUUCUCCAAAAACGUUUGGUUUUGGGAAUGCUUCUUAUUGUUCUGACUGUCGACAUCAACCCGCAGAUGAUUUCCUACUACACAGAACUCUCCAAGCUGUACAAGCAUCUGGAUUUCCCGUUGCAAGUUUCCUCAGACGUUGUCUUGAAAUAUCUCGAGGAGGUUUACGAAGGGGGAGCGUUGAUUAGACAAAACAGCCUGAACUUCCUGGUUUCGCACAGUUUUGGAUAUCUCACAGAUAAGCCAUUUGUUUACUCGGUGCUGGCACAGCUUGUUAGCAGGGAAGAGACUAUUGAUACACGGUUGAUCGACUUUUUACCGGAAACAGGUGUUUCGAGUGUACUGAAAGGAAUUGCUCUUCUCAACACCGGCCACGGAGACGAGGCGUUUGAGAUGUUCAGCAGCAAAGCCGACGAGAUUACCGGGGCUGGGAAAUCGGUUUCCUUUGCCGAGAAGAAAGCGUUGCAACCAAUUGCCGACUACACGAACUUGAUUUUGGUGGAAUCCAAGCCGGACUACUACUACGACUUGAGCACGCUUUUCCAGUCGAAACAGCACGACCAGUACGCGUUGAAGUUUGCAUUGAAGGCGCUCGCAACCAAGACAGAGAUCAAGGACACUUCUGACGACCAGGCCAUUUUGCUCAAGAUCUUCCAGCUGGCUCUAAAAUUACAGGAGUUUGAGCUUGCCCACGACACCAUUUUGAAGAUGGAGAGGAAGUUCAGAAAACACCCAAUUAAGCAGUUCGUGUACAAGUUGUUCCAACUGAGCCAGAUCUCCAAAAUUCUUGACUAUCCGUUUAACGAGGAUGCAGACAAGGUAGACGACCUGAUCUACAGCCUGGGCGAGUCGAGUGCUCUGAACAGUGACGUCACCAACUCGCUCAAGUACUACCGCAUUUGUUACACGCUGAGACUCAAACAGGGCGACUAUAGAGCCGCCGUGGAGGCGUUGUACCGGUUCAACUGCAUUGCUCUGGAACUGAAGAAACAGAACAAGUUUUCCGGUUACAAGCUUCUGAGCGACAACUACCUCACGAUCCUGAACCUGCUCAACACGCUGGAGAAAGACGACCAAUGGAUCAUCAGACAGCCUGUGCAGCUUGUGCAGACGUCGCAGUCUGAGACUCCUGCUGCAACACAGAAAAACGUCGUGGUGUACUCCUCAGACCUUGAGAAAGAACUCGAGGCCCUGAUGACAUAA